CAUAUUUCCACAGGGCACACACCAAAAAUGAACAAAAAAAGGGUAUAGGCCUCUCUGCGUGCCGGUCCGGUGUUGCGUAAUGCGCGUGCCGUGGGUAGGUUGGGAGGGAGGGAGAUGGAGCGGGAGGAGGGGGGUGUGGAGGGGGGCGUUCGUCUGCUCAGUAGCUCCUGGCCGCGGUACAAGGCUGCUGAAUCUCUCCGUGCGCCGACAGGAGGAGCGGAUUUUAACGGUUAAACACACCCGGCGGCCGCUGAACGCUCAAACUGGGACUAACGCACCGCGUGGACCCGCAAGGGAGUGUGUGUGAGUGUGUGUGUGUGGGGAGGGCGGGGGACGAUGUCCUAAGCGUCGCAUCUGCCGCAGAGGAGCCCCGUCGGAGCAGAGCCCGCACGGACAGAGCCCCGCCAGCGUCACAGUUGAAGGAUGGUGUGACACGCGGACACACGGACAGAAAGCCAGAGGUCACCACUCAGAGCCAGAUCAUGGCUCCCAUGUCUCUCCUUUUCCUGGGCCUCCUCCUCUCCUUCCUCCAUCCCACAGAUGCCCAGACCAUCAUUGGUUCCUCUUCCUCGUUCUCUCUUCUGGACCCGCCCGUAAAAUCGUCACCUCCACCUACCAAACAGACCGCUAGAUUCUGGCCUUCCCUGCCGCCCAGAGGGCGCAGCGACGUGCCCAUCAGAGCCACCGUUCGAGAUGGACAGACGACCACUAAUGCAGCGCAGCAGGGCAGGAGAACACAGUCCGGCACUCCUUUGGUAUCUGUCCACUCGAUGCAGAACCUCAGCAUCGGGCCAGUUUUACCCCACCCAACUGCCUCCAGGCCCAGGACUGACACCGCCAGAUUAGCAAUCAGCCGGGCCUCUUUAAACGGAGACGCUACUGUGAAGAGCUCAACUCCUCCUCUGCCCACUUUGCCGUUCGUCGCAGGCGAUGAGCCAGCGACCGCGUCGAGCCCAUCGCUCAAAGAAUCGGAGGGUGGCGAUUUGCACGAGUUUGGAUCAGGGAGUGUUCCGACGGCGGCUCCCCCGUCCACCGCGUUUGACGAAAUGGCUCGGUACCAACCCCAGGCGCAGACGGCGACGUCUAAAGAGCACGACGCCGACGUGCCGCCGCCGACCAAGCCGCUGUUCACCGGUAGAACCUCCACGACGCCGCAGACUGAGACCAGGGCGCCACCUCGGGCCGGAGCGUCAACAGGUAAACUGACAGAGAGCGCUCCGUCCACUGCCACCUCUGCUUCUGCCACAUCAGCCAGGCCCGCUGUGAACGCCGACCGGCCGGCGGGCACCACGACGCGUCGAGCCGCAACCACGUCUACACCCGGUACCCGACCAAACGAACGCGCUCCACCGGGGAGAAGCACGGCGACACCGACUGCACCAACGGCACCGACGCCACGACCAGUAAACUCUUCCUUCCUCGCCACCGGAUUCCCCCAAACAGGGUUAAGCCCCACGCAUCAGAGUAACCGCUCCACCCUCCUUGGACAUCCUCACCAAGCCCCCGCCUCUACGUCCACUCCAACGCCCUCUCCCGCCGACCCUCCCCCCCCCACCAGCACGCUCCUGUACUGGGGGGACCUGAGCCGGACCCUGGCCUUUGCCUGGGAGCUGCACGUCUACGGCUCAGCGAGUCUCUUCGCCCUCCUGCUGGGCGGAGCGGCCCUCGGCCUCACCCUGUCCCCCGGGGCCGACUGUCCCCACCGGGGGGCUCUGGCGCUCGCCAAUGCUCUGCUGUUCCUGGCCGGGGGCCUCAGGGCGGCCCUCUUCCUGAUAGACCCCUACGGCACCCGCGAGGUGCUCCCUCGCCCCGCGGUGACGGCCCUCUACAACCUGCCUCUGCACCUGCUGGUGUGGACGCAGGCCGCCCUGGCUCUCCUCGCUCUGAGAGUGGCAGGAGUCAGCGUGUUGCCCCCCCCGCUGGAGCGCCCUCCUCUGGUGGCCGUGUUGGCCGUGCUGCAGUGCACGCUUCUGCUGGCGGUGGACCUGCUCUCGCCCGCCCUGUCCCCAGUGGUGCCCGUCACCCUGCAGGUCCUGUCCCUGUGCUGGGGCCUGGCGCUCUGCCUCGGCUUCCUCUGCUACGUGUUUCCGCGCAUACGCCGCCCUGCCGUCCCUCGCCCCGGUGUCCCCGAGGAGGCCGGGAGGAAAGCCUGGGCGGGGGGCCGGAGGGUGGGGGUGGUUCUGGGCAGAGUGCUGGCAGUGUGCGCCGUCCUGGGGUCGCUGUGCUGCGGGCUGCACGUGCACGCCACCUUAUGGCUCUAUGGAAUGCUGGGAAGCUGGACGCGAUUCAACUGGGGGUGGUGGCUGGUGCACUUCUGGGCCCGGCUCCUGGAGCUGGCUUGGGGGUUCUCCCUUCUGCUCCUGGCUUCCUGGUUGUUAUGGAGGCCUCGCGGUGGCCGUGGGAGGGAGGAGGGCGGACCAGACGGCAGAGCAGCGGGAGACCUUCCGUCCCCUGGACAGUCCACAGGCUCCACCCAGAGACACACCUGCUGGUCCAAGAUAGUCCAGAGCUUGAGGGGGAAGCCCUGUCGAAAGUCUGACAGUAACGGGGUGGGAGGAGGAGUUGUGGGAGGGGGAGGGGGACCAGGGGAGGUGCCUAACAACUGGGCCGGCCAGGAGCGUCCCGGAGCGGACAUCAGCAAGAGUCUGAUCCGGAACCAGAACCAAGAGCCGGCUGGCUCCCAGCCGCGCUGUGUCAAAGACAGCAACCGGGGGCGUAACCAUCGGGGCCGCUCCGCAGAACGCGGCGUGUCCGACGGCUCCACGGGCUCCCUGCUGCGGCUGCAGGCGCUGGGUCGGCCCCCGCAGCGCUCCGUGAGCGGCAGUCUGGACCGGGACAGGGACACCUCUCUGUCUCUCUAUGACUUCGACCUGCGGCCCCCGUCUCCCAUCGACCUGACCCGCAGCAUCGACGAGGCCCUCAACAGGGAGCACCUGCUCGGAGGAGGAAGCUUGUUCCAUCCUCUGACCCUGAACUCGCAGUCCCCCUCCCCGGGGUCAGGGGUCAACCAGGGGCCAUGGCUGCGCAGGAACAGUGACCCCCAGAUGCUCUCUGAGAGCAGCGACGCCCCGACAGAGUCCUCCAUGCCACUGGGGGGCAGCAUUAUCAGCAGUGUCCCCAGCAGGCAGGUGACCGCUCCCCCUACGCCCUCCCACCAGGGUCACAGGUGGGCCGGGAACGAGGCGGGCAGCGUCCCCUCGUCAGUGUCCUGCCCCGUGUCGCUGCGUCCCUCCAGGACGUCGACGGGGAACCUGGGGGAGGACGGCGUGGACGACACGCGGCCAUUCAUCACCCCGGACUCAGAGAGGGCGCGGGGGAGGGCCGGGAGGCCGGCGGGGUCACGGAGCUACCUGGAGGUCAGCCGGCAUGACGACUCCGCCAGCGUCAGCAGUGAGAUUAUAGAUCUAUGAAGGAAACUCGACGUGAUAUUAAACACACACAUUUACCACAAACUGUUCCUCAACAAGACGUCAACACAACUAAGAAGAUGAUGAUGGUGAAAUUCAUUAUUUUUUGAUCAGAGAACGUCAUUCAAAGUUUCUAUCAGACCCUAAAUGACAGUUGCCUUUUGUCUUGUUAAAGGAUUAAACAACUGUGUUUCUGCUCCGACGGUACAGCUGGGAGACGCAGCACACAUAAAUCACUAUCCAUCUCUUCCUCUCAAACACACACACACACUCUCUUAUCUCCCUCUCGAGCGUGACGCCGUUAUCUCUCGAAGGGCCCGUUGCACGAAUCCUCAACGAGCGCCUCGCUUGUGACGGGUGUGAGUUUGUGGGUCAAAAGGCGCCGAGCUUCUGUAGCUUCCAUUUCUAUUAUUUCUGUGCAGAAAAAACAAACUGCAUAUCAACCAAAUGUCACUGCUUUCAUGGAGUUUCUUUGCCGUCUCCCACAUUUCAAUAUGCUUUGUGAUUACAGAUGUGCCAUACGUGAGCCGGGUUGGUUCUCUGCUGUGUUGGCGGUUCUAUAGAGCCGUUAUCUGGGUUGAAUCAGCGUCUUAGUGACUCAGCAGCAGAUUACUACUUGUAAGCUGAUAACGCGCUGCUGUGCGCUGCUCCCUUGUGCGCUGCUCCCUUGUGCGCUGCUCCCUUGUGCGCUCACGUCAAGCUGGUUGAGGAAAGAAGGGGAAAAUGACUCUGAGGCUUUCAGCUGAAGCUCGACUUCAAAGCGAGGUUCAAGCGUUGGUGACUUCCGGUUAUUUCUAGAGGACAAAGCUUUUGCGAUCAAUAACGAUGUACGAUCAAAGGAUCGGAGUUAUUAGUGGCAUUAAACCAAUUGGGGCUGUUUGAUACGUUACGUAACGUUAAUUGAAAUGCUGCACAGCUUUGCACCACCUGAGACCGGCUUGAUCUCUUAUGAUGUAACUGACUCAGUAACAGAGCACUUAACUGAACGUCGACUGAAGUAUUUUACUACUCAAAAGGAAUAUAUCUUUCAAAUAUAUGAUGAAUAAGCGACAAUGUAAAUAAAGUUAUUUGUGAUGUCCAUGAAUAAAGGUGUAUUUGAAUCAUAGCUGUAGUUCUUCUCGAGGGAUGUUGCUGAUGCGUCGGAGAUGUUUACUACGUGAAUUUGGGAUCUCUCAUUUAAUAAUUCACUGCAGAUCACUAUUUCUAAAGGAAUUAGCUGCUGUUGGCAGAAUCUUUAGUUAUAUUUUAUUUAAUUUUCCCACCUUAAAUGGUGACAACGGUAUUUGGGGGAAAUGAAAAACACAUUUAGCUUCAAUAAUUAAGCUGAUGAUACUUAAAAAUGUCCCCUCCCCUUGAAUCAGAAGCAUUUUGAUCCGACGUGAGGAACGCAGUGAUCUGUUGGACAAAACGACUACUUCAACGUCCUCUUAGGUUCCUCCUUUAAAUCAGUGGUUCUCAACUGGUGGGUCGCGACCCACCAGUGUCAGGAAGUGACGUCAGUGGCCGGUUCCCUCAGUAGCUCCCAGUGAUGUGAAAUGCUUGUGUAACCCUUACAGUGCAAUGGCCUUGUGUUGUUGUCUACAUUCAGAUGAAGCUGUGACAUUUCACUGUGUCAGUACUCGCUGUUCCCUCUUUUACUUGGGGAGCAGGGUCGAACCCACAAACCCCCCCUGUAGUGUUGUCCUCCCAUCAGAGAUGAACGUGCCAUAGAUGAUUCAAUCGAUACGCCCCCCCCCCCGAUCAGUGUCAGACUCAGUCAUUCCUUUUGCUCAUUGCACUUUUGUUCUUGUAUUUCUUUGCUCCAUUUCGAUGUCUGGAUUUGAAUAAAAAUGACUAAACGUG